ACUGAACAACCAGCCACUGAAUUACCUGUCUAUGUAGUUUUUGCUCAAUGUGUUAAUCUGUUAUAUUUAACAGGUUAUUAUCAUUAACUUAUGUCUACCAAUAAUCGGAUGGCUAAGGUUUCGGAUAGUUGUAAUAAUAAUUUAACUAGACUUGAUAACCUAAGCACCUCUACUUUGGAUAUUAGUAUCCCCAGUUGACCACGAGUGGCGGAGCCAGGAUUUUCAGUAAGGGAGUUCAAAAAUAUGAAGUAAACAUACGAAGAAGCCAAGAGGGUUCAACAUCUACCAUAUAUACAUAAAAAAUAACUUUAACCUUCAAUAUACGCUGUAAUUUUCUGCCAAGGGCCGAACCCCCUCAGUUACACUUGGCUACGCCUCUGUUGACCACAAAAAAAAAAAAAAAUUCAAAUGGCUACAAAGAGCUUGCCAAACUUACACUAGCAAGUACAAAAAAAAUUCUACCAAUUGAGAACUGGAGGCUGUAUGUUGAUGUUAAUUAGCCAAUAAUGAAUGGACUCUUUUUUAAUCACUUGUUUGCUAUAAAUAGGUGGAGGAAGAUAGACCCUCCUUACCCAAAAAAGAAAACAAGGUAAUUUAUCACGAUCAAGAAAGCAUCCGUAAUGGCUGUUCACAAAGAAGUCAGUUUCCUUGCUCACCUAGCUACUACAUCUAUAUUUGUUGUAGGAAUGUUUCUACUUGUAAGCAGUACGGUGGAAUGCGGCAAUUUUGCCUAUGGGAUAUGCCCGCGUUCAGAAGGGAGUCCAAAAAAUCCCAUAUGCACCAACUGUUGUGCAGGCUACAAGGGUUGCCACUAUUACAGUGCUGACGGAACUUUUAUUUGUGAAGGAAAAUCUGACCCCAAAAAGCCAAACGCUUGUCCCUUCAAUUGUGAUCCAAAAAUUGCCUAUUCAAAGUGUUCCCUUCGAGAAGGAAAGACGCUAAUUAAACCCACCGGAUGCACCACCUGUUGCACGGGUUACAAGGGUUGCUAUUAUUUCGGUCACGAUGGCAAGUUUGCCUGUGAAGGAGAAAGUAUUGAACCCAACGCUUGUACUUUGAAAUGUGACCAUAAAGUUGCUUACAUGACUUGCCCAUCUUCUAAAUUGACUAAGCUUAAGCCAGUUUGCGUCAAUUGUUGUACCGCAAAAGCGGGUUGCAAACUCUAUGGUCAUGAUGGAUCUUUACUUUGUACUAGAGAGCUUACCAAUCAUUAAUAAUCCUCAUAAGGGAUCUGAUGCUUUCUAAUCAAUCUAUAAUUAUGUAGUUGUCUAAAGAUGAAAUAAAAGUAUGACGAUAUAUGCAUUGUCAUGCUAAUCUCUGUAAUGUGGCAUUGGAGCUUUUCCACAGCUUGCGCAAGAGAUUAAUAAAGCAUUAGUUUC